CAUCAUUUAUUAUAGAAAAUAUAUUCAAAGCUUAAUAACAACAACAAACAACAACAACAAAAUGAGUUAUAUGAGAAGAAGUCCAUGUCAAAAAUAUUCGGAAAAACAAUCAAACAAAGAAGAACUAAGAAAAAGUUUGUCAGCAACAAAGUUUGUUCCAUUCACAAGACGACAAAGUGAUACGACAAGUGAAAGUGGUUCGGAUGAUUUUAAAAUGGAAAUUGCUGAAGAUGUUUCCUCAUCAUUUUCACGAAGUUCAUCCGAUUCAUAUACGUUUGGUGUUACUGGAAACAAUCGUUAUCAAUGUAUACGUAAUUUAAAAGAUUUAUCCGAAUCAACACAUCAUGAUGAAGAUUUUGACAAAGAUAUAAUGAAACCUAAUGAAAGUUUAGAUGAUUUUCGUUCACGAAUGAAUUCUCGACGAAAAGUAAAAACAAGAUAUCAGGAUAGCCAAGAAGAUGAUAAAACGGAUAAUUCUUGUGACAGUACAACAACAAAAGCUCAUGAAGAAAUUUUACGUAAUGCUAAUCUUUUAAAACAAGAACAAGUAUCAAAUAACGAUGGUGGCUAUGGUCAAAUGAAAUCAUAUCAUCGUGAAAUUCAUUCAUAUAAAUUGAAUAGCAAUAAUAAUAAAAUUUCUAUUCAAAGUGAUCUGGGAGAAAAUGAUGAGACUAUUCUAAUGAAUGAAUUCGAUGCCAUAUUAACGAUGGAAGAAAAUAAAUUAAAUGAAUACAAUGAUGAUGUAUUUCAGCCAUCCGUAUCGAAUGUUUCAAACAUACCGAAACCUAUUACCAGAAGUAAAACGACAGAAAAUUUUUUGGACAAAAAAAUGGAUGAUAAAAAAUCGACUGCCAGUCCUCGAUUUCGAAGAAAGACUCAUAUGUUAAAAGCUGCUUCAUCGAUUCCAUCAUUAAUAUUUCCGAAAAGUUCGAAACAAAAAUCUACCUCAACGACACCGACAAGCAUAACAAAUACUUUCGAUUAUACACUAAGUCCACCAGGAAAAUUUGAUGAUGUUUUAAAGAAAAAUUCGAUCGAUGAAGAUGUUUUCAAUAUAAGUGUAACUAAAGCUCGACGUAGUCCACUUAGAAUUCUUGGUAAUUUAGUUGAUGAUAAAAUAUUUCGCGGUAGAUGGUCAACGGCAAAAAGAGCCAAAUCCACCGAUGAAAUUACCUGGGCAUUAGCUAAUGAGGAUUCAGCAUCAAAUAUGCAAAAUGAAAUGCGACAAAGAAGUGGAAGUACCAAACCACAAAACAGGAAAAAAUCAUUUGCUGGAUUAUUAGGUUCUUCAAACGCUGAUAGCAAUAAUAAUUCAUUGGUUAAAAAACAAUACAAAAGUUUGUCGGAUAAAUUUAGGAACAGUUCUGAUUCGAAUACAAGCGAAUUCAGUAUCAAUUCAAAUAUAUUGAACAAAGCUAAACCUAAACUCAUUGAAAUAUCCAAACGUAAACCUUCAAAUUCAUAUUCAGAUGUUACAGUUUCGGAUUCAUCAUUAGCAUCAUUGAAUGAUCGUCAAUCAUCAAACAAUCAUUCAUCAAAUAUUGUUUAUAAUGUAUCGAAACGACAACAUGCACCAAACAAUGAAAUACGAGCCGAAACAUUAGCCGAAAUAGAGGCUUUUGAAAAAAUGCUCGAAACACAUCUUCAGGAAUAAUUGAUUUGUUUGCUAGUAAAAACACAAUUCAUGUAAAUUUACAUUAAUAUGAAUUAAUCAGUAGCCAAAGUGUUAAAAAAUCUUAACCAUAAAAAAUUAUUAUUAUUGUU